AUGGCAGUACUUGGUACAACAAGACCUCAUUAUGUGCGCUGUAUAAAACCAAAUGAUGCAAAAGAAAGAUUUUGCUUUGAACCUAAACGAGCUAUUCAGCAGCUUCGAGCUUGUGGUGUUCUGGAGACUGUACGUAUAUCAGCUGCUGGAUUUCCAACGAGGUGGACAUACGAGGAGUUCGGUCGAAGAUACCGCGUACUUUAUCCAGAAGGGAAAGCAAUGUGGCGGGACAAGCCACGACAGUUUGCUGAGAAAGCAUGUUACAAGUGUUUAGAGGAAGGCAAAUUUGCAUUGGGUAAAACAAAAAUCUUCUUUCGAACCGGACAAGUCGCUCUCUUGGAGCGAGUUCGCCUUGAAACACUAAGCGCAUCCGCUGUAAUUAUUCAGUCGCAUUGGCGUGGAUAUGCCGCUAGGAAGAAGUAUCAGACCAUGAUGAGGAGUUUACUCACCAUACAGGUAUUGACUUUUCUGGAUAGGCAUAGCAGAUUUUGA